AACAUGGCAGAUUACAGAACAAGAAAUGGAAAAACAGAAGAGAUGCUGGAUUAUGAAAACCAGCAAAAAGUUAGUGGUUUAUCAUCCAAGAUUUCAAGACUAAAAGAGAUCACAGUAGACCUGAAUACUGAGGCUAAAGAAUCCAAUUCAUUUCUUGAUGGAAUGUCUGAUAAUUUUGGAAGCGCAACUGGUUUGUUAACAGGAAGUAUGAGCAGAAUGAGUCAUAUGGUGAAUUCUGGGAAGGGUAAUCGUAAAUUGAUGUGUUAUAUUAUCAUCGGACUGGUUACGCUGUUCUUUAUAUCAUAUUAUUUAAUAUCACGGGUAACAUCGGGAUGAGCUGUUAUUGUUACUAGCGUGGGAAAAUUGUUUGGUGUGUGCUUUGAAUGGAUGUAUGGAUGAGUUUUUAAGAGGAAAGUUAUGAUAGUAUGCACAUCUGCUGAGGAUACAAAAUUCAAAUUUGCAUAUUCUUGAAUGUAUUUAUUACCAGUGAUAUUAUACUGUAAUAACUGCAUACAAGAAGUUUAUUAAUGCACUAAAAGUCCAGUUGUGUCCUACUGUUUUUGAGCUUAAAUAUCUGUUCAGAUCUUAGGAUCUAACAUAUUAAAGAUUCAACAUAUUAAAGGAGUUGUUAGGAGGCUUUCUAAAUAAUGUAUAGGAGGGACAAUGAUACAUCAUUUAUCAGUCUGAAGUCUGUGGUUCUUGCAAUGCUAUUAAAAGUAAAACUAAAACUAUGCAAACUGGUGCAAAUCAAUGCCAUCAGUGUCCUGAUACCUCCCACAUUUAGAAGCACUUUAUUAGAACACAAACAAGGUAUUCUUAUUUUACCCAAGUACAAAAAAUGGACUACUCUUGUUCAUGGUUGGAAACUUCCCUAGAUGUGCACCAAUAUCUUGGCUUGACGUUACAGAAUGUUAUAUUAAUGAUGUUAAGGAAUAUGAAAGUUGUUAUUAUAAAUUGUAAAUAUUUGUUAUUGUGAUGUAAAUAUUAUUGUAUAUAUUGAGGUGUAUAUUUAUUUCUCUCUUUUGUUUAUGCAAUCUUUGCUUGACAAUAAAAUCAAGUAUUAUUUUAAUUUAGUAAGUCAAUGUUAUUUUGACUGUAUAUUUUGUUAUUCCUAUAUACAUAUUAGGGAACCCCAGACUUCAUCGUUUUAGAGGAAUUCCUCUAUUUUUCUGGCCGUUUUUUUAUUUUCAAAUAAAACCUUUUAAAAUUUUAGGAAUGAAAAGAUUUCUGUAUUGACUUCCAAAGCAUAUUAAAAUGGUAAAAUCUCCCCCUAUUCCUCACAUGAGAGUCUGUAAGCUCUCUUUACCUUUAGCAUAUAUUUUCCAUUUCCUCAAUAUUUUUCGUUCCUCACUGGGAUCCCUGACAUAUACAGAUAUAGAGGUGUAUAGAAAGUUAAUUUAUUGGUAAAAACUGCAGUGGAAUCUCUGUUUAUUAUUAACUGUAAUCAAAAUGUGAUAAUAAAAGACUAAGCUG